AUUUAGAGCCUUAUGGUGCUUCAGCUUCUCUCACGGAUGUUCUAUCAAUACAAAGACCUUGGCGGAGAUACCGGGAUGUGUACGGAUGUGUUUGACAGAGCAAACACUGACUUUUCCUCCAACUUGUAGCAACCGCCUCCAUUCACUAAGUUGAGGGGCUGAUGAAACUUUUUUUUUUUUUUUUUUUUUUUUUUUUUCUGAAUGAGUAUCCCGCUGCUGGCUGCCACAUCUGGACUCGAGAUUCUCGGAGCUGUCAAGUCACGAGCCAACGUUAAGCCGGACCUGACCUGACCCUGCUCUUCUCUUUUGUCCUUCCCAAACUUUGAGGCGGAAUAUUGGACUUUUAUCUUCAUCUUUAUAUUUUCAAUUCAUCCCCCCCCCACCACCCCCACCGUCAAUUUAACGCUCAAAAUGGAACAUUCAGUCUUCAGGAUAACAUGCGUCUUGGUGGUUAUCUGUCUCUCGGAUAAAAGGGUAGACUCCAACGAGAUCUUGGGCCUGAAGCUCCCCAACAUCGACCCCAUCCUGAAUGCCAACACAGUGUGUCUCACUCUGCCGGGUUUGACGCGCCGCCAGCUGGAGGUGUGCAUGCGUAACCCGGAUGUGACAGCUUCAGCAAUCCAGGGAAUCCAGAUCGCCAUCCACGAGUGCCAGCACCAGUUCAGAGGGCACCGCUGGAACUGUUCCAGCCUGGAGACCAGGAACAAAAUACCCUACGACAGCAUAGUCUUCAAAAGAGGUUUCAGAGAGAGCGCCUUUGCAUAUGCCAUCGCAGCAGCGGGCGUGGUGCACGCGGUGGCCAACGCCUGCUCCAUGGGCAAACUGAAAGCGUGCAGCUGCGAUGAGAAGCGACGUGGGGACGAGGAGGCCUUUCGCAUUAAACUGCACCGUCUGCAGCUGGAGGCCAUCCACAGAGGGAAGGGGAUGGUACACGGCGUCAUGGAACACUUCCCGGCUGAACUGCCGGGACCCCAAGACUCCUGGGAGUGGGGGGGCUGCAGCCCGGAUGUGGAAUUCGGUGAGAAGUUCUCGAGGGACUUCUUGGAUGCCCGUGAAACCUACAAGGACAUCCACGCCCGUAUGAGGCUACAUAAUAACAGAGUUGGGAGACAGGUGGUGCUGGACCACAUGAGAAGGAAAUGCAAGUGCCACGGGACGUCCGGGAGCUGCCAGCUGAAGACCUGUUGGCAGGUCACCCCAGAGUUCCGGGUGGUGGGCUCAAUCCUCAAAGAGCGCUUCCACAUUGCCACGCUUAUCAAAGCCCACAACCGAAACACCGGACAGCUCGACCACUCACACAACAACAACAACCACCACAACCAUCACAACCACCACCAUCACCAUCAUCACCAUAAUCAAAACAACCACCACAGUCACCACCAUCAUUCGCACCGACGGCGGCCAAGCAUCAACGAACUGGUUUCAGUGGGUAAGACAGCAGCAGCAGAAAUGAAGAAGGUACAUGGAAUGGACUACACCGUGGGAACAUCUCCACAGAUCCUCUAUCCAAACUCAGGCUCAAGCCGUGACUGGGCUCGUCUCACUGGCAUCCCAUUCUCUUACACAUUUGAGCUGAGAGACAAAGGUGAGUUCAGCCACUUGCUGCCAGAGGAGCAGAUCCAGCCAGCCUGUGAGGAGGCUUACGCAGGAGCUCUGUCCAUUAUCACAUAUGUUCAUGAUAAGGCCCUCAAUAAUGCUGCUGUCCCUAAAGUGGCCAGCUCAGUUUAUGGGGUUGCUACAAUUUGGAUCAUGGCUGUGUUUAUCACCACGGGAGAUUUGGUGUAAGGAAGUAAAAUGUCUAUCAUACACGGUUGUUUUCUAACCUAAAUGCAAUCUUAAAAAGUCACUAAACACAUUAUAAGCCCGGUAAUUGAUCUGUAAAUGCUUUAAAAUAGCUGUAUUGUGAAACUUUUCAUAACACAUUUUAAGAGAAGAAAAAGACUUGGAAAAUUCUGCUGUUUUCAGAGUAACUCCAUGCUGCUUUUUCCCCCUUUUGACAGCAGGGGGCAGUGUCAGCACAUUUUAGACAGCAUCCUCUUCUCCAUUUAUUCAGGCUUCUUAAGUUCAGAUACAUUUUCCAUCUUUGUUCUUCCUACACUAGCAUCAUGUGGAUUGAUGACUUUUGCAAAAGUAAGCUCCAUGUCUUGAUUUGUUAUCAUAUCUAGAAGUCACAUUCACCCAUUAACACCACCUGAUCAUAAUGAUGGCAGAGGCUGCAAAAGUGCCCAUCAGUAUGAAGUAAUCACCUGAACUCAUAUAUUGCAAAUAAUCCUACUUCCGGUUUGGUCUAAAAUCCUUUUUGUGGUUGUUUUAAAAAGCCUGCUUACCACAGCAGCUAAAAUUGUCAAGUCAGAGGAGGGUUUUUUUUUUUUUUUUUGUCCUCUAGUGUUGGUAAUACCAUUACACAGCUUGUCAGAGGUGAUAAAGUUGUAACCCCGGGACCUGAACUUCUUUGUUUUAAAGUUCAGGGACAAGGCUGACUAUGUUCCUCACACUUCUACAAUGGGGUGCCAUGGUUAAGCUUUGACAUUUUGCCUCAUUGGAUUUCCACAUUCUGUGUUUUUUUAUUUAAAAAAAUAAAUAAUAAUAAAUCAUUUUUCUAGGCUCGUU